UGUUCAGUUCUAUAUUAAGAAUAUUUCUUACAGAAAUUCCUUUAAGCAAAAUGCGCAGACCCUGAUGAGACGCCGCAUCAUGCGGCGUCUGAUCUGGGUCUACGCUGUUUGCCAAGGCCAUUUUUCUAGACGCUAGGCAUAUAUGGGUUAAUAUGAGGGCGUUUACUCUCAUUUAUUGAAACUGGGAAAACCCAGUAUUCCGAUCGUUUGUAAGGAAGUUACUAAGUCGGGUUUUUCCUUUAUGGCGAACUUCUUGAAAUAUUCAUGAUAAUUAAAAAUACAACGUGAGCAAAUUGUAUGUGCUUGUAAAACAAUAUUUGCUUAUUUCAAUUAAUUUAAACGUACUUUCGGUUUCCUAUAGUAUAUGGUGUAGAGCUACACAUAUUGAGACAGGAUAACAGACUCACUGUAAUAAAGUAACCACAUUUGAGGCGAAUACGAUGACAUGGAGUGCCGAAUUAUUCCUGUGAACCCUCUACAUUCGCCGGUGAAAUACCAAGACAUCGAUAGGUGCCCUCUAAUGCAAAACCCAAAUGAGUUGUGGAUGCAAACAUAUGAUGAUGAAUAUUGGAGCAAUCUAUUUUGGAUAUUCAUUUGCGCAAACCUAUUGGCAAUUACAAUUCUCCUGGCUGCUGUGUGUACGUUCAUCGGUUAUUAUGGAGCGCUUUGGAAAAAGAAAUACAUUGAGUCUAUCCAAACAUCAAAUCAUGUCGACAGUAGAGCAUCGCGUACUGUGGAUAGUCACUGUGUACACGAAAAUGAUUCACAAAGAAGUUGUACCAUUCCAACAGAGUGUGCAUCAACUGGAGAGGAUCUGCUGGAUCCUUCACAGACAAGUAAUACGAUUCUUGAACGUGUUCUUCUUUGCAAUGCUGGACCAGAGCACAAACCUCGCGAUUGUGUUGUUAAAUUUGAAACAUGUAAAAUGGUUUCUGAGUCACAAUUAGACUUCGAGACCGAGUGCGUACCUGUUGCUGAACGUGUACAAAAUGACUGGGAAAUAGUUCGGCAUGCUUCGAACAAUGAAGAAAUACCAGGAAGGUACGACCAUGUCUUAUCACGGGACUCGGAACAAAUACGCUGCGAACAAGGCACGUCAAAAUCUUCACGUAGUGCACGUGAUGAAUGUGCUUUUGCCUCAGAUUAUGACGGCGUGAUUACUAACACAGAGUCCGCGUUCUUGCAAAAUCGGCUUGUCUUGGAAUGUCUGGCAUGCGAUGACAUUAUUGAAACCGAUUGGCUGUCACAGGCCGUUGAAGAACGACCUUUGGCACUUUGUCGGAAUGUCUCGGGAGGGGCAUUUAUGCCUAAAUAUGAACACGACGGUUUGCAUCAAGCCGACAGCAGUUUGCAAACAGACGACGGUUAUGACAGUAUGGCUUAUAGUUCGUAUCUGGAUGACAGUUCUUUGUAUAACGAUGCAAUUGAAACUGCUAACCAAGAAGAAAGAAGAGCACACCAUGGUAAAACGGCUACUUGUUGUUUCGAAAAUGAGAGUUCAGCAAGCAAUUCCCUCAAAGAUGGCUGUAAUAGCGCGAUUCUUAAGGACAAUACUUUGUAUUUACCGCGUACGCACUCCGACGAAGUGUCUGGUCGGUGUGCUGAUGACACUUCUUUAAGUGACGGCCCUUAUAGUGACGAAAAUCAAGGUGGCAAUUGCGCAGAUAAGCUUCAGUCUGUAAUCGCAUAUGAAGACCAAAACUUUAUCGCUUUGGUAAAAAAGUGGAUAGCCCUUUGGACCGUGGAAAGGCAACAGGCGUCGUCUGAAUUUUUUCCUUGGAAUCCAGAAUGCAGCAUCGUUGUAACGGUACAAUGUGACCUUAACGUGGAAGCAAUAGUUCUAUUCCUUGACAUAUUUUCAAAGGAAGAUGUUUUGAAAGCCGAUCUCCCAUCGAUGGUGAGGCAUAUCCUCUGCCGUGUAAUCAACGAAACCCAACAAGAAAUAAUAAUCGGAAUAUGGCAAAGAAGCGAAGAUCGGAUUGUAGCGGACGUCUGUGAAAGAGAUGCAUGCUUAUUGAUUUUAAAGAAUGGUUGGCCAGCAUUUCGAUCACUGAAAUGCUUUUGGUGUGGCGAUAACACAAUUCCCUUCAGUGGAGGGCCUGCUCCGAUGAAUGAACCAGUUCUUCUUAUUGAACCACAUGAAGAUAAUGUAAACAUUAAGACGCACGAAUGUAACAUCAAUAGUUCCAUACUGAAUGAAUAUGUGGACGACGGCGUUGAGACUGACUGUCCGGUAGACAAUAAUUGCAUUCAACACGUGGUUUGCCUGGAAAACGAAUCAAGCAACUCACCGACGCUGAUAGUUACCUUCUCUCCACCACCAACGUUUUACAAAACAUCAGCCGCUGAUCAGAUUUACUACGACACCACCAGUACGCAUUCAGAAGGAGGCAACAACGACAGGUUUCGCCAGAAUGACAGAAAGAACGACAUAUCUUUUAGUGGUGGUAUGUUCACUCAAAUUGGGGACAAUAACAAGCUGGUGCUGACCAUUGGCGGAUCUUCUGAUGCUUACGCAGUUGAUGACACCGAAACGGAUGCCUGUCCAGAUAUGUAUCCAGAACAAAACUUUUACAUCGAUGUUCAUUCUGACACACGUGACAGAAACAAUGAAAUCCGAGCCAAUAAUCCAGACAGUGGAGAUCAAUUUAUACAAGUCGGGGACAAAAACCAAAUACUGUUGCGAAUCACUUUACAUGACGAGGGUUAUUCCAGCAUGAGCUCGCUUGAAUCUGUAAACAGUGAUUUGUCUUAUCGAGAUUUGAACCAAAGGCAUUUCAUUGACCCGUUCGACCAACGUGCUGAAACUGGUGGGUUCACUGAUAUCCAUUGCCACUCUGAAUGCAAUGAUCAAUUGAGAAUACCUGAACUUGUAAUCACAUCGAGCAGCAACCAGGGAUACUACACACUAGAAUCAAUGGAGUCAACUGGUGAAAACCACAGCGGCGGUUUAAGUACAUGUAGCAUGGAUUAUGAUGAGAGUUUGGACAAACAAGAACUGACAGUGAGAGACGUAUGCGAACAAGUAGCAGGAUUCAAUAAAAAUGAAAAGACCGAUGUUUCUACAUUGCAUAAGGAAACUUAUUUACAUAAUACGGAAUUGGUUCAUUCAAACACUCCAAGAUCAACCGGUGUGUGUAAUCCUAAUUCUAUGCUGACCAAUGUCGGCGCAAAUUGCGCCGUUAAAACAAACUUAUUGCAUGCAACACAAGAACUGGACGACAUACACCUUCCAAAAAACAAUACGAUGUCAUGUUUAUGUAUGCGCUCCUCCAAUUGCGAUUCGACCCUAGACACAGUUGAUGCAAUUAUGGAUUUAGAAAAAAUGAAUGCUCAAUCUCCAAAGUAUAAAUCGAUUAAAUCUGAAAUUGAAGCUAAAACAGAUGCAAAAAUUGAAAGCAAUUUUACGGUAAAAGCUUGUGUAUGUAAGACAAAUAAUUGUGUUGAACAUAUAAUAACUGAAAAUCAAAUAAAAAGUGUUAUUCUUUCCAACAAGGGCCAGACUGAUUUUGCAAGUAAUGCUGAAUGCUCGCGCGGCCAUGCUACACAAGCAAGGCUUGAAUCAGCUACGAUACCUACCAAAGAAUUUAGCUGUUCGGAAUCAAAUAGUAUUGAUGAAUAUAACCCUACAUACGAAGAAGAUUCUAUAAUCAAAAUAACAGCAACUACUUCGAACAAUUUAAGAGCUAAGACAAUUGUAGAUCUAGUAAGCGACUGCACAAAUGUCACAAAAGAAAGAUGUGUGUACAAUAAUAGUGGAGCAAUAAGUUUUACAGGAAACAACAACAUCAAGGUAUAUCCAGAUGACUGUCUUGGUUUGCAAGUAGACACCAAAGGUCCUAUCGCUGUCGCAUCCAUAUACAACUUUUCUGGCAUUAAAAGGGCACUCUCAGAGCACAUGAGGACCAGCCGGCUUCCGUUUGACUUACAACGUGUGCCAUGUUUAAAAGUGGAGGCUCGGAUAGACACCCACUUGCAUAUUCCGAACAAAUUCAUAUUAAAGACGUUCCAAGUGGGUGUUGACAACUCGAUUUGUGUACAGGGGUUAAGACUUUGACAAUUGGAGAAUGAGGAAACAAUCCAUUGCAACUAAUUGAAUCGGCUUGUAAAUACGUACACUCCACUCCGUAGCAAGAAUAUCAGGAAUCACAAUCUCGAAUGAUAAGACUUUAACGAUAACUUGGUCAAUACUUACUAUGUUGAUUUUAUUUCAGUAUACAUAGUCCAUGAGUAUACUUAAUAGUAUUCUAUAAAGACAUUGUAAUAGGCAAACAUCAAAUGUACAUGUGAUUUAUGCUUAUAUAUUAUAUGUUAUAAAGCAGUUCAUUAUUUAGACCGUUAAGAAUCAUAGUUUUUAAUUUAUGUAUCCAACAUGUUUGUUUGCAUAAACGGCCUAUAUUGUUUUCAACAACAUCAAUAGGUACAAAAGAAAAAUCAGAUAGAGUGCAAUAAUUAUGAGUAGAUUCAAAAAUGUGUAGCAAUAUGUAAAAUAGGAUUUAUUGAACAGUUUUUGAUAUCAAAUCUAUGGCUAUUCAUUCUGAGGGAUACAUUUUGAUUAGUUUAUCACACAUAUUGUUUACAGCAUUUUUUACCUGUAAUCAGAUAUAUAACAUUACGUGAAGUACAAUCAACAUCAUAGUGUAAAUCAUAGGAUAAACCAGUAACAUAACCAUUGAAUUUUGAACAUAUGUUAAUAUUAUUGCAGUGUGUGCAAUAAUAAUUUUCAAAUAAUUUGUCAUAAUUAAAUAUAAAACAUCAAUACUUUUGGUAGACGAUCACUUUAUCCAGCGUCAAUGGAUUUUCCGAGGUAGACCUGACACGCCUCGUUCAUAACGGAAUGAGUCGCGCAUAAUAAACCUGUGUACAAACAGAUUAGUGUCAAAUGUAAAAUACAAGAAAUAAACCUUUUAUUGAGUACGUCUUUGUAAAGCCUGUAUAGAUUGCAAAAUAACUUAACAGAAUUGAUAUUCAUGUCGUAUUGAAGUGUCCUGAACAUGACUCACAUCAGAGGUCAAAGUCAUUUAAUGCCAAUGGUUGUUUGUCUGGGGCAUAAUUGUGGCCUGUGCGGAAGGAUGUUCAAUAAGAUGGUUUAAUAAGCUUUGCAGGAGUUACACAUAUAUUGAAAUUUAGUGAUAAGCUCAAUCUGGGUCACGUGCAUCCAAAAACAGGUCACAAGUUCAAAUCUUAGACAAACCAUAUUAACACUUUAAAAGCAACAUGUGCGACUCAAUCUCGAUAAAACAUGGUCAGAAUGAUUACAUUAUUUUGAAAAUGUCAAGGCCAUCUUUACAUAUUUUGCAUAAGUGGUCAAAAGUGUGUUCAUUGGAUAGAGCAUAUGACGAUUGUUGUACCAUGAACGCAGGAGAGCGCUUUAGAGCAAUCGUUGCUUUUAUGUUUGAUUGAUAUUUAUUUCCACGUGUAUCGCAUAUUGUAUGUGUUUAAAUCCUUUUACAACCA